AUGGCUGGCCAUUCUAAAGAGCCCUUAUACUCCGCCCUUAAGAGUCUCUCAAUAAACACCAACACACAACAACCUUCCGCCGUCGCGAAAAAGAAACAAGCAAAUAAAUCCUCCCCUGUCGCAGAAUCAUGGGAAGAUGCGUACGUCUCCUCCUCUGAAAAUGAAGAAGGCACCACUCCGCCCGCAUCCGCAACCCUGAAAUCCCCCCUGACCACCGUAUCCACCAACACGUCAACCGGCAGCAGCACUCCCUCCACCAACUUAACACCAGGCAUCUGUGCCCCACCACCAACACCCAUAUCUCCUCAAAGCGGUUCUCUUCCCCGCUGGACUCCCGACUUUGCCUCCCUCCCUCCUAUCCCGGACCGCGCUGUUGCCACAUCGCCUCCUUCUGCGACACAUCUCAACCAGGACAAGAGGCCCGAAAAACAGACUUCAGUUGCGAGCCGCAUGAUUGCAGGCGCUCUGGGGAUUAGGGCUCCGAAACGCACGGAGGAACAGAAAGCGUAUGAUCGUGCGAUGAGGGAGAAAGAGGCAAAGCGGAGGGAGAAGGAGCGGGAGGCGGAGAAUGUAAGGCGGAGGGAAGAGGAGAAGGCAAAAGCGGCGAUUUGGGAGGAGUAA